AUGUCUGAUCAAAUUGCUACUCACAAGUUCGCAACGACUUUGUCCCUCAUCUUGUCCGUAUACGGUAAUGUGCGUUAUAUUGUUGGAAAGUCGGCCUUUGGAGGAAAGCACUCAGGAUUCCAUGUUGAUGAUACCCCAUUCACUUCCAACAUCAUUGUCCUUUUCGUCUUUUGGGGAAUCUUGUACUUCUUACAAAUAAGUUUUGUUGCACAAAUCUUUUUCCCUGCUGCAGACAAUUCUGUAAUUACUGGUACCCCUGGUGGAAAUAUCAGUAGACUGGCAGUUACCAAUGUCGUUGGAUGGCACUUUACUGUUUUCAACUUUUUGCAAUUCAUUUGGAACGUUCUUUUCGCCAAUGGACAUUUCUUCCUUUCAGAAUUAGUCUUAAUUAUCAACUUUGUUAAUGUGAUCAUCUUAUACUUCUCUCACAAGACUUAUGGAAUCAAGCCAUUGUCUUCUUGGACACUUAUCCAUUUACCAACUGCAGCUUUCCCAUUGUCAUGGUUAUUAUACGCUGUUUUCUGGAAUGGUGCUGUCUUGUUCCAUGUCCACCAUUUGCUUGGUAGAAUCAUUGCAAACGUUUUGAUUUGGGACUUCCUUAUCAUUCCAGCAUUCUUCUUGUUUGUCUUUAAUGAUUGGGGUGUAGGUUUCUCAUCGACCCUUUUGGUUUUCGGUUUAGCUUUGGGUCAAUUGUUUACCAAGGUCAUUGCUUUCCAAUGGAUCUUUGCUUUUAUUAUUGCUGGUUUAUUACUUGUUUUAAGUAUUGUAACUGCUGUUUCAGGAAGCUUGUAUCACCGCCAGCUCUCAUCUGAUACUGCACCUUUAUUACAAGAGAGUGCGUAA